AUGACGUCCGGCCAGCUUGAACAAACGACAAUAAGAAAUGAUGAGAAGGAUCGUUUAAAGAAUAGUUCUGAAAAAGGCGCUAAUGCUACUACGGAUUCAUUAACAAACAGUGACGGCAAGAGUCAAUCUUCAGCGAAAUAUAAAUCACUUGAAAAAAAUAAAUCCACGACCAGUGAUGCAGAAAAACCUCUAGCUUCUCUGGGCAAAAACUCUGAGGAUUUGGAAUCCGAGUCGUCUUCGUCACCUCAACAAAAGCACUCACAAAAGGCUCUUAUGAAACGAAUAACUAAUGAAAUGCAAAUUGCCCAUUAUGAGAAGGGCGAUCGUCAACUUACGAUUCCAAACAUAAUUAAUGAAACGGCUUAUAAAACCCGAUAUAAGCCUGUUUGUAAAAUAUACACAUUUCGAUUUGUUGAAUUCGGAUUAAGACGAGCAUUAUGGUACCUUGGAGGAGCGGUUGCAGCAAAAAAAAUGUUUUUUUUGGUCAUUCCCAUUCUAUUAGCCCUCCUUUCAUUGAUUGGACCAAUUAUUCACUGGAAAAGUCUGAAAUUCACUGUGCCGUUUGAUUCAUUUAUCUCGCGUUUUUCAACAGCUUUUCCAUCAUCUGGUCAUACAGAUCUUCAUGUAAAACCAAAUAUGGUUUCUGAUUUUAAUGGAACAAAUCCAAUAUUUAAUUCUGUAAAGCGUAAUUCAUUCGCAGAUUUUGGAUUUAUUCUUAAAACAAGGUUUAUAUUAAUAUUAAUUUUAAAUAUAAUAAAAUUGAAAAGUAGAACUUCGAUCGUCAACGAGGCUACCUUCGAUAUAUACAAACAUUUAAGUCGAAUUAUUCAAAAUAUCACAAUUAAAUAUGAAUCGAAUAAUCUUAGCUGGAAUGACCUGUGUCGCAGUUCGUGCAAACCUGAAAAUGAUAUAAUAGAACAAAUUUUAACUACAGGUUCAAAAUUAACAUUAACUUUUCCUGAAAUGUUACUUUCAACCAAAGAUGUUGGUGAAAAUAUUUCACGCUUUUUUCUUGGAUUAACUAUUGGAGGCGUUCAAACAGAUACUGAUGGAACGAUAACUCAUGCUCGGGCUUUAGGCCAGAAAUUUGCGUUGAAAAACAAUUUCAGACCACAAAUUUUAGCCAAUUGGAAUCAAGAAUAUCGUCAAAAGUUGCUAAAUGAAGUAAGCACCGUACGAAAACAGGCUCAAGCAGACAUAUAUUGGUGGUCAUAUCAUGAUUUUAUUGCGGCUGUAUCGUUAACUUUGAAGGAAACUGCAAUUAUAUUACCAAUAUCUGCUACAACUCUUGUUGUUAUAUGUUUAAUUGGAAGUUUUGGAUCAAACGGUUAUCAGAGUAAACCGGUUCUCGGCCUUCUUAUUGGCAUUAUUCUUGUUGUUUCGUGCAUCGCCGGAUAUGCUGUGCAACUUGCCGGUGCAGCUCAUGUAAAUGCUAUUGCUUAUCCAGUUUUUUUCAUACUUUCUGGUAUUGGUUUAUUAAUCCUAUUUUGUUUGGAGAACACUUGGUUAAAAUAUUCAAAUGCAGCAUGCGAUCCGAUUGAAAAAUUGUCAUUAAUAAUGUCAUGGGAUGGUCCGUCAUCCGUCAUCGCCUCUCUCACACUAAUUAUUUCAUUCACAGUAGUUGGUGCUACAACAACAAAUCCAUAUCUACAAUAUGUUUCAUUUGUACUUGCGGCUGGUGUUGCCGUACUUCUUAUUUUUGCAUUAUUAUUUUUUAUCGUAUUUCUUUAUAUAACUGGUCGACAAGAAACCAAAGGUGUCAAAUGGUAUCAGUGUUUUCGCUCGGGUGAUAAUCAAUUUGCUCCGCGAAUGAUUGGCGAUUUUGACGAAUGCAGCAUAACAUUAUUACAUGAUAAAAUGAUGGAUACCAAAAUGUCACUACCUCGUGCUAUCGCUAACCUAGUUUCUAAUCCAUAUUUGCGAUGCCCUGUGGCAUUCAUAUUUGCAAUUUAUUUAGUAUUUGCAUUUUGGGGAUGGAAAAAUCUCAGUAUUGACUUACGUGAAGAGUUUUUCGUACCGAAGGAGAGCGAAUCUCGCCGAUAUAUCGAUAAUUUCCGAGAAUUGUUUGGUUCUUAUGAGCAAUAUAUUGAACUGGUUUUCGAUGAGCCAAUUGAUUAUUUUGAUAUCUAUCGAAGAGAUGAAAUUUUUUCACUUAUCGACUUUCCUCAGGAAAAUCAAAUGGCUAUAAGAUCGGUUAGCUGGCUAAAAGAUUUCAACAAGUUUGAAAGCUCAACUAUAUACGAUAUCAACCCGGAUACAUUUGUACCAAUUAUCAGUCUCGUUUUUCUUACGACAGAUAAUUAUAAAAAAUAUCAAUCGGAUAUAGUUUUUGAUAAGUUUCAAACUCGUAUAACAUCAUCUAGAAUGUAUAUAGAAUUAACAGCGAAAGGAGUUCAACAAAGAAUAACUUUGAUCGAGGAAAUUUUGGAUCGUGCUAAAGCUAUUGGUAUUCCGCUUACAAUAAAGGCGCCCUUUGUUUUUUCUCUUCAACAUGAUUUACAAAUUAUUUCAACAAUGACAUGCGCUUGUGCAGUUCUUCUAGGUUGUAUUUGUGGUUUGUCAUUAUUUCUUUACGGUAUACCAUCACUUACAAUACUUGUGUUAUUAUCGAAUAUAUCGGUUAUUGUUGGCGUUGUUGGUUAUGCUGUUCAUUGGGCAAUUCCUAUCAAUAUUUUAACAUUUUCCAUAGCAUUAUGUGGUAAUGGCUUCACAACGACUGUUGUACUCUAUUUCUGUUAUAAUUAUGUGAUAGCUGGUAAAACGCAAAAGACGGGCGAUUUAAGAGUCCAGUAUUCUUUUCAGUCGUGCUUUCUACCGAUAACUUUGGCUUGUUUUGUACCGUUGAUUACUUAUCUGCCAUUAAUGCAAAUUGAUGCACCAAUUGUUAUCCAUAUAUUUCAAAUACUUUUGCUUACUUCGUCUAUUACGUAUAUGCAUUUUCUUCUUUUUAUUCCCAGCACGAUGAUAUUUUUAACUGAACAAAUCCCAUCAUUUUUUGCAUCAGUUCAAACUUCAUGUGAGGAUUGUUGCUGUUAUUGCUUUGAAGUGGAAGAAGAUAGUGGAAGUAUCUAUUACAUUCCAUCUGGAGAACAAGGUUUGGAUGUGGAACGUAUACAUAGCUUUGGCAGUUUUUCGUAUUUGUUAAUAUAUGCAUUUACAAAUUUUAGAAAUUAUACCUAUGAGUUAUCAGCAACAAGUCCAACUGGAAUGUUGCUACCUCCUCAUCCUGGAUAUUUUCCUCUGGCUGCCCCGGUCAUUGCUCCUGAUGUUCUUCCUUAUCGCCCAUCAAACACAAUCACAACAAUCGAAGUUGAUGGCUAUCAAUCGAAUCCAACGCAUAAUUAUUCAGAACCCUCAGUUAGUGUCCCAGCAACUCCUCGAAUGCCGAUUCAAACUCCGAGGCUCGAGCGCCACCAUAGAUUGCACGAGCAAAUCGAAGAACAACCGUCUGUAAAUGGAGAUACUAUUUACGAAGCACCACCUUCGCCAUCGAUGCAAAUAAAAAAUGAGCAAAGUGGGCGAAGGUCUCACGAGCGAAGACGAAGUUUGGAAAGGAAACCACCCAAAUGCGAUUAUCGUGACAAUUAUGUCGAUGAUCGUUCGGAAAAGGGAGAUUCGACAAUAGAAAUGCGAUCAAACUGGAGACAAUAUCUCAUCAACGGGACACUUCAUCAGCCUCCGCCUAAUUUAGCAACUUGUCAAUCGAUGUUAUAUUAUUCAACUCCUUCAUAUAAUAGUAAAUCAGUUAAUCCGAUGUAUAAUAGCCGUAAUCGAAGAAAGUUUUAA